AUGUCGUUCAAGUUCGACAAGCUCCUUGCGAAAGGAAAGGCGAAGCUGUCCGAGUUUACAGGCCAGCCCUCUGGUAGUCAGCAUCAGCAAGGCUAUCCAGGGCAGCAGCCCCCGCAAGGAUAUCAACAAUCCCCUCCAGGGUACCAACAGCCUCCCCAGGGUUACCAACAACCGCCUCAGGGCUACGCGCCAGGCCAGUACUCUGGCAGCCAAUAUCCUCCUCAGUAUCCUCCACAGUAUCCGCCCCAGAACCAGUACCAGCAGCCUCCUCAGAACCAGCAAUGGGGUGCGCCUCAACAGCAACCGCAGCAAUGGGGCUCGCCGCCUCCCCAACAACAGCAUUUUGCACCACCCGUCCCACAAGGUAGCAAACCUCAGACACCACAGCCUGGCUCCCCGCCGCCUAUCCCUCAGAAUCGCCCCCAAUCCGCCCAACCGCCGCCCCCGCAGAACCUUCCUCCCCCGCAAGCAGAGAAGGUGUACUGGAAGCCCUCGUUUGCCAUCACGACACCCGUGUCGCAGAAUUUCCGGCAUGAGAUUGGCGACCAUGGUUGGGACCUCGCUGAGAGCUGGAACGGCGAGACCGAGAACCAUUCGUGCUUGCACUGGGGCUCGUAUACCGGCGAAGACGCACAAAAGCACCGCGUCGUCAAGACGCAUCUACCCGAUCUGCCACGGCAACCCCAUACCUACGGUUUCGCUUGGAUAGAAGAAGAGGGCAUACCGGGCUGGAGAGGGCGUAUGAUUUGGUACAUUGAUGGCAAACCAGUCAUGAAGGGUUCCAUUCCAGAAGGGACAAGGCGUAUGGAGGACUUUAGGAUCCUCAUCAACAUUGCCAUGGGUGGAACUGUAAACCAGGGGAAACUGCCAGCUGACGGAUACUACGACUUUGUAGUUAGUGAUCUCAAGAUGUGCGAGGAGCCUCAGGGUGGAUGGCAGCAGUUCGAGCAUGCUUGGAGCUGCACACCCGAGGGUAAAGCCUUGUAACCAGAUCCACGUCUCCAAUACACUACUUCCCAUUUUCUCCUCUC